CAUUGGCUCUUUUCUGUUGCUUAGAUAUAGCAGCCUUGGGGUAUCUCCAAGGUGGUCAUCACCAAUGGCUUUCCUUCCAAAUGUGAAGGCCAAAGGUUGCUUCUUCUUAUUAUUAUAUAUAUAUCUCUCCUCAUUUUACAUUGUAUCUUUGGCUCACUUUCCUCAUUCAUCCGGCAAUGAAAAUGACCCUCUUCCGGACGGAUUUGAUUUCGAGGUUGACCUACAAAUCACAUUUCCUAAUCCAAGGCUAAAGAGGGCCUACAUUGGUCUCCAAGCAUUGAAGGAUGCCAUAUAUUCUGACCCGAUGAACAUGACCGGAAAUUGGGAUGGUGCCAAUGUGUGCGCCUACAAUGGCGUUUUUUGCGAGAGAGCCCUAGAUGAUCCAACAAUAACCGUUGUGGCAGGAGUUGACCUUAACCAAGGUGACAUUGCCGGGCACCUCCCAGAUGAGAUUGGGAUGUUAUCCGACAUCGCGUUGCUUCAUAUCAAUUCCAACCGAUUUUGUGGGAUUGUUCCUCAAAGUAUUAGCAAUCUUAAAUUGGUACAUGAGCUAGACCUAAGCAACAACCGGUUUGUGGGUCCCUUUCCCGAGGUUGUUUUAGGGUUGCCAUCUUUGAAAUACCUUGAUAUAAGGUAUAAUGAUUUUGAGGGGUCGUUACCACCAGAACUAUUUGAGAAAGACCUCGACGCAUUGUUCGUUAAUAACAAUAGGUUUGAAGCAUGCAUUCCCGAUACCAUUGGGAAGUCACCGGUGUCUGUUGCUGUGUUUUCCAACAAUAGGUUUAGCGGGUGCAUUCCAAAGACCAUUAACCAAAUGAGUAAUAUAAAUGAGAUUCUUUUCGCUAAUAAUGAAUUGGGUGGUUGUCUACCGGAGGAGAUUGGUAUGCUAGCUAAUGCAACUAUAGUUGACAUAGGCCAUAACAAGUUUGUAGGUGGAUUGCCGGUCAGUCUUAACGGAUUGAAGAGUGUCGAAGUCUUGGAUUUCUCUAACAAUAUGUUGAUAGGGUCAAUACCCGACAACAUUUGUAAAUUGCCAAGUUUGUUGAACUUCACUUUUUCAAACAAUUAUAUAACAAAUGAGGGAAAGGAAUGUGAUCCAAAACUUAGAAAUGAUAUUACAUUAGAUGACCACCACAAUUGUUUGGACAACAAGCCAAAACAAAAACCUACACAUGUAUGUAAGCCUAUUUUAGACAAGUCUAUUGAUUGUACAAAACAUUGUCGUGAAAACCCUGAAAAUCCUGGCCCCGAAAUACGAAGACGCCCCAAGAGCCCUCCUUCGGAGCCACCAAUAAACAAAUCUCCACCACCACCAAUUUCUUCUCCUCCACCUCCUAUAGCAUCACCACCACCCCUUGUCUCAUCUCCCCCACCAACCUCUAGUCCUCCCCCACCACUUUACUCACCACCUCCACCACCACUAUACUCACCACCACCACCACCACCACCAACCGCUAGUCCUCCCCCACCAGUAUACUCACCACCUCCACCAACCGCUAGUCCUCCACCACCACCCGUAUAUUCGCCACCUCCAACAACCGCUAGUCCUCCGCCACCAGUAUACUCACCACCACCACCCAUAUAUUCACCACCACCACCCAUAUAUUCACCACCUCCACCAGCCACUAGUCCUCCCCCACCAGUAAACUCACCACCACCACCCGUAUAUUCACAACCUCCACCAACCACUAGUCCUCCCCCACAAGUAAACUCACCACCACCACCAACCGUAUAUUCACCACCUCCACCAACCACUAGUCCUCCCCCACCAGUAUACUCACCACCACCACCACCACCCGUAAAUUCACCACCUCCACCGGCACCAACCACUAGUCCUCCCCCACCAGUAUACUCACCACCACCACCCAUAUAUUCACCACCUCCACCAACCGCUAGUCCUCCCCCACCAUUAUACUCACCUCCUCCACCAUCAACAAUCUACUCACCUCCUCCUCAAACCUCUAGCCCUCCACCCCAAUUAUACCCAACGCCACCAAUCUACUCACCAGCACCUUCUCCAACUCCUAGACCUCAACCAACACCAGAAGCCUUCCCAAAUGUGACACUUCCGCCAACCGUGGGUGGCAUGUACUCAUCGCCACCCCCUCCAGCAAUCCAAGGCUAUUAAUAUUGUUAUUUGAAGUUGAAAUAUUUUCUUUGCUCAAUUAUAACACCAUUUGAAUAUAAAUUGUAGUUUCUAACUUCAAUACAAUUACAUUUAAGAGUCAUCUUCAUUUGCAAUUUCUCCCGUUUCAAUUAUGUUCUUUUAUUU